GUGUGUAACAGUAGUAGUGCUGUGUCUCGAUGCGUCGGUGGUGCGCGCGGUGGUUGAGAUAAGCAGCGCGGGGGACUGAGUGCUCAGACAGAAUUCCGUCGACGUUCUUUCGUCGAUCGUUCGCUCGUUCUCGCGCUCCCGUACAGUGACUCGCCACCGUCCGUUGACGGUAUAUAAGCCACGCUCCUCGCUCGAUGUGACGUAGGGACGCUCAGGAUGCUCAAGGAUCACACACCAACCACUCAGGCACUUCUCGGGACCCUGUUCACGUGGGCCCUCACCGCAGCCGGCGCCGCGCUCGUCAUCGUCAUACGGGGGAAACAACGUAAGCUCCUUGAUGUCAGCCUGGGAUUCGCAGGCGGCGUGAUGGUGGCCGCAAGUUACUGGUCAUUGCUGGCUCCAGCGAUCGAAAUGGCAACCGAGAGCAAGAUAUACGGGGCGAACGGCGAGUACGCGUUCGUGCCGGUCGCAGUUGGCUUCGUCAUCGGCGCGGCAUUCGUAUACGGGACGGACGUGUUGAUAUCUACCCUCGGCAUUCAGUCCCCCAAUGUGCUUUUAGCUAUGCAAUCAGUUGGUACGAAACAAAGACGCAAGAUCAUUGCGAAACUAAAGAGUGACGAGGACUUAGACGAUAAUGUUCCGUUUAACGACGUACAAAUUUCCGGAAGUGGAAAAAUGUACACUAGUGUCGAGUCGACCACUAUCGAUGGCUUCUACGAACAGAAUAGUAGACGUCGACAAAUAGCGCAUAUAAACAGACCGACGGAAUCGGGGGAGAUUGGCACAGUUUACGAAGAUCCCAACAACGAGGCGAGGAACAAUCAAUGGCGAAGGAUAUUGCUGCUAGUUGUAGCGAUUACGGUGCAUAAUAUUCCCGAGGGUCUCGCGGUCGGUGUGGGUUUCGGAGCGAUAGGAAGUAGCGCAUCAGCAACAUUCGAAAACGCAAGGAAUCUCGCGAUCGGUAUCGGGAUACAAAAUUUCCCGGAAGGGUUGGCAGUGGCGCUGCCUCUUCAAGCCGCCGGAAUUAGUACGUUGAAAAGUUUUUGGUACGGUCAACUCUCGGGGAUGGUGGAACCUAUCGCCGGUGUCCUUGGCGCAGUCGGAGUGACGCUCGCCGCACCUGCGUUACCUUACGCACUUGCUUUCGCGGCCGGCGCAAUGAUCUACGUCGUGAUCGACGACAUCGUCCCGGAAGCGCAUCAAAGCGGAAACGGCAAACUCGCCAGCUGGGCCGCCGUCGUCGGUUUCCUGGUGAUGAUGUCCUUAGACGUUGGCCUAGGUUAAGGAUAUGUCGACAUAUUCGCGUCCUUGCAGAGGCGCCUCGAAAUCACGCGGCAAAAAUCAGGAAACUCCUCGACUCGCGUGAUAUUCGUCGAAUAAUAGUAAUAAUUAAUAGUUCUUUUUAAUCGCCUUACGCAAAUGCGCGUCCUCGAAGAUUCGGGACCUCGAGCGAAAGGGACGAUCGCGUACGAGAUAUAUUUCCGUGAUUCCUGGUAUUCAUCGAAACGCACGACUGUGAUGAAGGAAAUUGCUGCAAUGUUGUCGAACGCGUUCGACACCUUUCACGCGGCUCGUUCGCGCGAUAAAAUGUUUUGGGAUUGAAACCGGUAUAAUUUCCGCGAAAGAAUCACGCUCUCUUCGGACCGUCGAAAACCUGAUUUUACCAUAAAUAUCGUUGCUAAAUACCGGUUUCGAUCUCUGUGAAAUGUCGGUAUGAUGAAGGAGACGAUAUCGAUUUAAUCGUCUACAAAUCGAUUGACGCGAAAGUAAAUCGCGUCACACCGCUCAAAGUACAACGCAUCCUAAACCGUCGGGUAGGUGUAGCUUCAACGAACCUAUAGAACGCAUAUUUCACUUUGAGAAAAGUCUUCCUCCGAGUAUCUAGUCCGCGUUGGUGCGAUUCCAGAAUCGAACACUUUUUCAAGAUCGAACAUUUAGAUCGAUGUUUUUCAGGAUUCACUGAAAAACGCAGGAUCGAUGCAAUCGUGAAAGCCCAACCUAUUGUAAAGCAACCGUUAAAGAAUGCGCAGCGUCGAGAGAGUCGUCGGAAAGAGAAAAAUGACACGUAUCGGCGUGCUGAAUCUUAUCGUUUUCCAAUUGUUGUUAUCCCUCGGAACGUUAUGUACUUGAAAAUCUGCCGGAACCUCUCGGCCGUUCCCACGAAGGACCACCGCGGCUGCUAAUGUUAUUCGUUGCAUUAAUUAUCCCCCGACAUUAUUACGUCCCGCGCGUGUACCGUUAGUAUCCUCGAGAUUUUAAUCACGGCUUAAUCGUCGAAUUAGUUCGAAUCGUUCGUACGUACGAUUCGCGGUAAUUCACCGCUAGAAUUCCAUCUUAAUGAGAGAGGACGCGCCGCAUUAUGCAAAUUCGCGUUUGCGCCUUUCUGGAACACGAAACUCUCUUUCUCGCUCUUGAGACGAAUAUUUCGUAACUCGUGAGCGGUUUUCUCGUGCGUGCGACACACGCAAUCGUUCGUUCAUGCCUCGCGGGUAAACCUAUACGCGUAUUUAUUGCGUUACAAUGUGUCCUUUCUAAUCACUUUGCCGCGCAACGGUGCAAUUUCGUUCUUACGAUGACGUGACGUUUAUCUCGUAACGAAGUUGCCGCUGUCGGCGCGAAAAUAGACCACAAUCCGCGUUUGAGGCAGAAAAGGCGGAAGAAAAAUUUCCCCGCUUUAUACCCCGCGGCAAGAUUUCGACGUAGUCUACCUUCCCUCUCUAAAAAAAACCGCGUGUUGACUGAUAUCUCCAAAAGUAUAGAAAUGUUGAAGCCUCUUCUCCACGGUGGUGAUUGGACCGUCUCAAAAUCGUCUCGAUGCAAUUGUUUAUCUUGACUCGCGGUUCUUUUCUCGUCAACAAAUUUCAGCUUGGUGCUUAUCAUUAACUGAGAUUUUUCUCCGUAUAAUAACGAUUAGCUAAAUAGAGCAUGAGCGUCUGUGUUGUUCUGUUGAAAGAGACUUUGAACGUACAGAUUACGCGUCUGUAGAAAAAUUCUGAAAGAAAACGAUAAAACACUCGCGCCCCAUAAAGCUUCAUUAUUGACACAUUUCGCAACUGCUAGCGUGGAAUGUCCUGUUUCACCGAUCCAUAACGAAGCCAGAUAAAAAACGUCGCCUCAGUGUCGCAGGACACGAGCGAUCGAUACGAUUCGAAAGUAGGAGAACCGCGUCGGAUUCGUCAUUUUACCUUCAUACCGACACAAUCGUUUCUCUCAUGUUUCUCUCUCUGUGUGCGUGUGCGUGUGUGUGUUCUUUACACACACACACACACUAAGAUUCUUUAUACAUAUAAUAUUCAUUCGACGCGAACGUAAUAUUCUGUUUUCAUUAUUAAGCGAUUCUCCCUGGUCUCCCUCUCCCCCAUCUCCACCAGUCGACGUCUUCUCGAGAUCGAUAUUCCUCGAUAGGCGUACUCGCGAUAAUUGAAAGAUACAGAUGAGCCAUCGAUAUCGGAUCCUCGACGCUGCCCUCACUUAUGUAAGAUAUAGAGACUAUAUUUUGAUACCGUCGAUAGUAUACUAUAUCAAGUAUUAGCACACACACACACACACACACACACAUACACACACACAUAUCAUCACUCGCGUGUGUAUACAAUUGCAUAUUCCUCGUACUGAUUUCGCGUUAAAUGGGCUGUUUAAUAGGCAGUCUGGUUUCACGGACGUCGAGAAGCGUCUCCGGCGUGACAAUCCACCAAGUAGCGUUAUCGCGACGAUUCGAUAAAAACUGCCGUUUCGAGCAUUCACGGACACCAUUAGGACUGAGAUUGUCAAUUCCGAAUUGUCAAUUGGACCUUUCUACCUGCGAGAAUUUUUUUACCGCUUUUAUCACGCGAACCUAUCAAUGGCAGAUCUUCUCGACGAUCUUUCGAUCCGGACGAUCGACACGAUCGCUAUUCGAAAAGUACGAAAAAUCAGCGACGCUCGGUUUAUAUUAAACCUCCUGUGUAUGAACGAGCAUCGGCCGGUUGAAGCUUCGAUGAUAGAAGCGAAAGGUGUCGUCGAACGACUUCGGCGUGGCUUUGCACACGUCGACGCUCAGGUACACGACGCGCGUAUGUGCGAUGCUUUAGCGAAAUAUAUACCUGUAAACUAAUCACACAACUAUAUACGGAUCGUGUGACUGUACCAGUAUCAUAUCGUACCUUAAGGUAGUUGUUGUUAGCAAGAUCGAUUCGUAAGUAGUGCAUUCAUUUGUAAUUGUUGAAAAAUUGCAAAACGCCUCUUACCCGUCGUGUUAUAAAUUCGACACGAUUGUUUAUUCAUUUGAUUACUCGUUUACAUAGGAAAUUUACACCGAAUGUGUAGUGUUUAGGCGUUUAUUAGGAUCUUCGAGUGUGGUGGAUAUGAAAGAAGCGCAGUGACUAAUAAUUUUAUCGUUCCCAGAUCGCUUUUUUCACAGCUAUAAUGAGAAUUUUGCGUUCCGAUUAAAUUAGGUGCCUUCGUAACUUAAUUAGCGUUACUCGUGUAAUCAUGAUAUGCAUGAUAAGCAGGCAUGGGAGGGACUUACUUCUCUUCACUUAUUUAGAAACAUCUCACUUUUCCUUAUUUUUAAGGAAAAAAAUCAUUUUCUAUUCAAUAUGAACCCUUUUUCCUGACGGAAAAUUGGAUCGCAAGAAAUAACGUUCAGUAAGUAGUUCGCUUCUUUGAAGAUAAAACAAAAUAUUCAAAAAAAAAUAGAACGUAACAAUGAUGACACAAUAAAGUGAAAAACUGUGAUUUUAUUUUUAGCCUUUUUGAGAUUUCUAUAAAAAAAUUAUUUAGGAAAGUCUCACUUUUUACUCGUUUUUUUUUUUUUUUUUACUGACUUGCUAUUUUCUUUCUUUUCCAAGAAUGAAACUCACUUUUUUAACUACUUUUGACAGCUGAAUCGCUCCCAUGUCUGUAUCAGUAUUCGAUGAAUUUGUGGGCUAUGUUAGCAACGACUGCUUCACUUUUCAUUUAUUGCAACGCAAAGAUUCAGUCGGAAAUGUCGUUCCGAAAUCUUUACGCAUUAAAUGUCCUAGAAACGCCUCUUGUAUUCAUUCAUCGCGAGUUUAAUGUUGCGAUGCAAUGGUUUUUAAGAUAUACAAUAAAAACAGUGCGUUAAA